GGGGAAGGGAAAGAGCUCCAAAUGACGCAUUCAGUUUCUAGUACACCUUUCAUUUCCUUAUCCAAAGAGAAUUCUAACAUAAGCAUUUGGCGCCCACUGUUCAGCUGAGACUGCUGUCACAGAGCCAAGCAAAAUGCCCGCGGAACAGCUGGGGAUGCAGCAGAGACAGGAAAUCAAGGGUUUUUUUUUUGGACAAUCAGCUAAUUAAACCCUCACUGCCUGAGGAAGCAGGGAGUGAUAGUCUCCGGAGUGUGAGACCUCAUCUCUACUUGCUUGCUUUUUAGCAGAACUGAAGAUGAGAUGGAGCCUGUUGCUGCUGUACCCGCAGAUUCGCUUCCCCCUCUCGCUUCCCAGCUCCUGUCAGUCUCACCUACACAGACGGUCAGACCCACUCACAUACACACCGAUCGCGCAUGAAUGUGUACACACUGCACACCCAACAGAUCCGUGCAGGUUUUCCUGCAAACACACACGCUGGCACGCACACACGCGCGCCCCAGCGGGCACCCACGUCCUCUGCUUCUCACCUACAGACCGACAGUGACACGUAGGCCAGGAGAGCGCUGGCCGCCGUCCUGCGACUCCACGCAGGUGCCCAGAACACGCCUCUCACGUUGUCCCUGAGCCGAUCCGCGAACACAAACCUGCCAACACUUAGGUCUACUCGCUGGAUUUCGUCUCCAUGGCAACAAGCAUGGAAGGCCAAGAGUUGAUUCCAGCAGGAAUUUUGAAGAGCCACAAUGAUGUGCCAGUGAAUAAUGAGUAGUACCUACUGUGGCAACUCUUCAGCUAAGAUGAGUGUCAACGAAGUAUCAGCUUUCUCAUUGACGCUGGAGCAAAAAACUGGCUUUGCUUUCGUUGGAAUUUUGUGUAUCUUCUUGGGACUUCUUAUUAUCAGAUGCUUCAAAAUUCUGUUAGACCCAUACAGUAGCAUGCCUUCCUCCACAUGGGAAGAUGAAGUUGAAGAGUUUGAUAAAGGAACUUUUGAAUAUGCCCUUGCAUGAGAGUUCCAGCUUUACGAUUAUGCCAUUGGGACCCAUGGUGGAUACAUUUGUAAUUAUGCUGAGUGUACUGGGAAGGGGCUCAUUUCAUUCACUAAAUUCAAUAAACAUCUGUGAUUGAUUUAU